AUGUGGCGGCACGCUUUGAGAAGGAAUCCCCGUGCCCAGUGGCUUCGCAGCAAGAGAAGUAUAGCCUUGAAAGAAGCAGCAGAAUUGGGUGACGCCUUGAAUGAAGCAGCGGAGUUGGGUGACGUAAAACGGGCGGAAGAUAUUUUCGAAGUGUUGUUCCCACUGACCCCUUCCAACAGUCACACAAAGAUCAGCAACACCUUGCUGAAGGCAUAUGCCAACCGUGGAGCAGCUAGCAAGGCGGCAGCCUGGCUUAGCCAAAUGACAUCAUCGAGAGUGCGGACAAAUGCGAAGACAUAUGGAAAAGUGAUCGAGGCCUUUGCAAAGGGGGGCGAUCUAGAGAGCGCCCUGACCUUUUUGGCACGCAUGAGCCAGUUCUUCACACCAAAUUCGAUCACUCUUCACAUAGUGAUAGAUGCAGCAGCGCAGGCAGGUCUUGUGCCAGAGACAGAGGCCUUGGUACUUGGCCUGCAGCAUUGCAGAAUGCCACCGUCCAUCGAGAGCUAUGGCAGCCUCAUACAUGCGUAUGCAAAGACCAGUCAAGCGGCAGAAGCUCUUAGCGUCCUUCAGCGGAUGCAGCAGAUGCAGAUGAAACCAAAUCGAAUCAGCUACAGCGCAGCCAUUGAUGCCUGUAGCAGAGCAGGACAGCCUGAAGCUGCCAUCAAAGUACUUCACUACAUGGAGGGUCAAAACAUCUCUCCAGAUUUGGUGGCCCUCUCUUGCAUUGUCAAUGCCUUUUCUCAGCUUGGCAAGGCGGCAGACGCUGCCAAGUGGCUUCAGAAAGCAGAUGAGCUCGGGCUGAAGCCGAAUGUCAUUACUUACAACAGUGUCAUUCAUGCCUGCGCACGAGUCGGGCAUCCUAAGCAGGCCAUCCGGUGGCUUGAGGGAAUGGUGACAGCAAAAUUGCAGCCAGAUGUUUCUUCUCACGGUGGUGUUCUUGAUGCCUUUGCCAAGAAGGGGGGCCCACUUUCAGAUGCACAGCAUUGGUUCAACAAGCUUGCGUCAACUUACAUGCCUGGGGCGGCGUCUUUCACUUCCAUGAUCUUCGUUUGUGCCCGGUCGGCAAAGACUUAUGAAGCUGCUGAAUGGCUCCGACGUGCGAAGGUGAGUGAGAUUCCACUAGAUAGCGGGCCUUACAAUGCUAUGAUCUCAUCUGCAGCACAGUCUCGUGAGCCUGACUUGGCACUUGGAUACCUUGAGGAGAUGAUGGCUGCAUUUCUCCAGCCGAACAUCAUGACGUACACCAACAUCAUUCAUGCCUUUUCGAAAGCCUCAAAGCAUCGAGAAGCCAUUGAAUGGCUGAAUAUCAUGGCAGAUGCUCAGCACUCGCCAAACGUUCUGUCUUAUACAUGCGCCAUCGAGGCCUGUCUGCGGACAAAUGCUUGGGAUGAGGUUUUGGGCCUCCUUCAGCGCAUGCAACUGAAAGGUGUGCGCGCAGACUCUGUGCUUGUGGGGAAGUUGAAGCGACUAAUGGGAUCCGAGGCUCUCCAUCAUCUGGUUCUGGAGUCCGAUGGCAAGCGCACAAAGACAACAUUGGCAAAGAAGGGACAGCAUUUAUUGCGAUGGUAG